AUGUUAUACUUCUCCUCAUUAGUGACAAAUCCUUCUUCUGACGAGGACUUAAAUCAGAUUUGGGAAGAGGAUAUCAUAGAAACAGGAUAUUCUGCUGAUGGUGAAACUUCAUCCUCUGGUUCAGAGAGAGAAAAUUCUGAUUCUGACGUUGAGUUUGUCAAGAUGAGUGAUUGCAAAGGUAAGGAAAAAUGAUUGCUCAACUAAAUGAUUGAACUUUUCAAAAAGUAUAAAGGCGUCAGUAGAAUUUAUUCACUGCAUCUGUCUACAUGUAUUAUUGUAUUCAAAUAAUAACGAUAAUAAUAAUAAUAAUAAUAAUAAUAAUUAUUAUUAUUAUAAUUAGUUGGUUAUCUUGAAAGCAUAGGGGUGAAUCUUGAUGCGGCUCAGAUUCAAAAGACUGUCCUAUUAGGAACAGCACGAAACCUCCAACGGGUUCUCGACUACUAAGGGAACUGGUUACGAGCUGAACACUGAGAUUAUAUAAUCAUAAUCAUUUUUUUUAAAAAUAAUUUAUUUAUUAAACAUUAUUUAACAUAACAUCACAAUUAACUUUACAAUAACAGGGCGGCAAAUAAAAAGGAGGCGAAACAGUAAAAAAUAAAUAAAUAACUAAAUAAACAAACAAGGAAAAUAAAGCGAAAUACAAUACACAAAGGUGAAAAGCAAUUGCAAAAUAAAAGGCAAACCAUAAAAAGCUAAAUACUUUGACAAAAAAUUCUAGCACAUGUAACAAAAUGCACAUAAAUUAAGCUGUAGAACAGCUUAUUGUAUAGGAAGGCUAAUGCAAAGAUGCAAAGCAGCAUUCAAUCGCGAUUAGAAACAAAGCGACGCCCUCCUACCAUUCUCUCCGCUAAUUAAAUAUCAGAAUGCAAAUUUUAGACUGAAAAAAGUAGCAAGGUGUAAGGCGAAGAAAGUGAAUGAUUUAAAUAGUAUUGAAAAGAGGUGUUUCCUAUUUUGGGGAGCAAAUUAGCAUCGGGGUUUAGUAACCGAGGCGAAAAAAAGAAAAAAGAAGAAAAAGACUAAAUUAGCAAAUUUUGGUAAGAUCUCCUUCAGCGUGUAUUAUUUUCGGCUGUUCUUCCUGUGACUUCUUAAUAAAUAUCUUGCCGUCCAAAGUCCAGGCACUAUGCCAAUGAUUAUCUUUCUUAAAUUUUCUAACUUUAGCAAACAACUUGCGCCUUAGAUAUGUAAGAUUUUCAUUGAUAUAUACCACGUUUGUAAUAUCCUAGCUUUGUACAGCUCAGUUUUCUUCUUAUGUGAUUUAAACCGAACAAUAAUAGGUUUGGGGCCGCUGCUGUUCCGAGGUCCCAUUCGGUGACAAAUGUCGAUAUCAGAGGGAGAUAUGUGCACGUUGACGACUUUUCCAAGCUUAACAACAUUUUCAGCGAUAUCUUCGUCUGCAGUUUCUGCGAUUCCAUGAAUCUCUAAGUUGUGUUUUCUUGUAUACUGUUCGACGUCAUCCACUUGGGUUAUCGCCGUUCCAAGAUCUUCGUAGAGGAUGUCAACAUCUGCUCUUACCUCGCUGAGAGAUUUUUCAAGCGACGCCACUUUAUCUUCAAACUCUUUAUUUUCUUUUUUGAGAGACGUCAGUUCGGCAUUAUUGAAGUCUAAAGAUUCCUUUAAUUCUUCAUAUUGCCUUCUUAUAGCACGGUUUUCUUCCAAUAGUUCGUCUGUGUUCCUACGGAUCUUGUUUAGGACUAUCCAAACGUUACUAUCGUUCUCGUUGUUGCUUAACUCUUCAAGAGUCUGCUUCGCCGACUUGGUUGGAGGUACCUCGGGCGAGCUUCCGCUACUAAACCUUUCAUCACGUUUUCUUCGUACGACAGAAGGUGUAUUACUGCUUUCCUCACUUUCUUUUCUUGACAUUUUAGGGCGGAGAGAAUAACGUUCUCGGACUACUCGAAAACCGUCCGCACAUCAUGCGAGUCUCAUAAUCACAAUAUUCAACAUUCUCAUCGGUCCAAGAGCUCAAUGCCUUGAGCUACAAAGCUUAAAAAAGUCGAAACUGUCCUUACACUUUCUGUAGAUCAUCGGCACAUGUAGGUAACGUUGCCGUAAAAAUGUCCCCUAGAAGUUGUGGGGGAAGAGACGAUGUUUCACGAGGGAAUGGAUCAAAACUUGACAUUAUCUACGAGCGAAAUCUGUGUAAAGAUACUGAUUAUAUUAUUGCGCCCCUCUUUAACAAAAUGAAUACUCACAAAUACGGAUUACGAAGUGUAUUUUCUACAGAGUGAUAUCAAAAUCGCUUGAAAAAACUGAACGUCAUUAUUUUGGACAUUAGUAUUUCAAUUACUCUACCGGUCGAGACUUUGUAUCAGUGAAGCGCAGACAUAAGUUGUCACUGACUAUCGGAAAAUAUGAUUGGUAACUGAGCUUUGAGCACCUCAUUCAAACUCUUCUCUUGAGACACCCCACCUCCCCCCCCCUUAUGACAACAACAACAACAAUAACAAUAAAUAAUCUUUGUGAAUUUCUCGGUUUCGAAAUGCUUAGCCUGCCUGUGUUGUUUUGCUUCCUUUGUGUUUAUAGAGAAGGUGCCGCGUGGAGAUCUUCGCGAGCAAGCCAGCCCGCCUUCUCAUAUAAACACGACGAUCAUUUUAAGAGGAAAUAAGUCAUAAGCUGAGCCAGCUUGAUAAAGCAGGCCAGCCCGGCUAGUCGGCGUGGCGCACCUUUUAUGAACAGGCCCUUAACCCUAUUCAGACUGGGGGGGGCUUUUCGAACCCCCCCCUCCGGCAAAAUCGUGAUAACUCCUACACCGAAAGAGCUAUGACGUUCAAAUUUUCUGACUUUUCCUAAAAUUUAUCUAGGAACAUUUUGGUAUAAUUACCAUGUCCAUGUGAUUAAUCAUGUUGCCAUGGCAACCAGUUUCUGACACAUAGGUUUUGGAAAAUUUAAAAAAUGGUGAUUUUUUUGUUUUAAGAUCGCGUUUUUACACUUAUAGUGCUUUUUGUUGUUAAAAUGGUCUUUGCUUGGGACUAGUUUUUGAAUUGCAUCAAAAUGUUUCAACAUCGAAUAUUUGGGGGGGAGGGGUGGGGUAAAAUUUGUCACUUUUUUGCUUUGGCAAAUAUGCUGCUCUAUUUUCCAAAUAACACUUCCAAAGUCAUUUGUUUGGGUAAUAAACAUUAGUUUGAUACUUCUUUUAUACAUUCUGAGCUUUUUCCUCAAAUCCAAGAUGGCGGAUCCAAGAUGGCGGAUUCAAGAUGGCGGACAACCAUUUCAAAUUUUAAAUUUUAUUGCUUCCUAUUGCUUUUUCUCGCUGUACAAGUGUUUCCUUGUUACUAGUUCAUAAGAAAGGAUAACAAAGAGAUGACUUUACCAAUAUUAUUGAUAUUUUACUAACCUAAGUGGAAAAAUAAUAAGAAAAAUUGAAAAAUCGGAAUAUGACGUCCCUGUGACGUCAUCAUUGGGCGUGGCAAGUCAAAACUGGGUGUGGGACUUCUUUGUACGGAGAUGAUCAUUGUGUGUAAAUUUCAUGACCCUAGCAUUAUUGGUUCCAGAGAUACAGAGGGGGGGACCGAGGAGCCCCCCAGUCACAGAUUGACCAAAAAAGCCCAGUCUGAAUAGGGUUAAAACAAGUCUGAUUCAUUACUAGAGGACCUAAAGAGCUACGAGAUCUUUUUCGAACGAAUCGUUUUAUGUUACGUUCUCCAGCCACGGCGCAUAAAAUGGUUGUCUCUUUUUAAAGAAUUAAGGCUCAAAUAUGAAACUAAAUUUCUUUAAGGAGUAACUCAAUAAAAAUAUUCAGCCCACCCGUUUUUCUGAUAAAAGGUCAGGGCUUUACUCUUAGAUUCCUGCAGUUAGUAGACGAUUGGGUGAGGGAAAUGAACAAGCCUUUGCUUGAUCCCACACCCCCUCCUACAAGAACUUACUCGCAGGCUAAAUUUUGGUUGGACUGGACAAUUUCUAACAUUUUGUUAUAGGCUGAAUCUUUCAUGCCUAUGUAAGGACUGAAUUACUGACAUACGGUUUUGAUCUUCAAAGACGGGGGACAUUUUUCACACCUCACGCCAAAGAAUUAAAAAAAAAAAAUUCUUAAAUGGGGCAUAGACUAGGGACCUUAUUUUAACUACGUUGUUAUUAUAAAACAGAAUCAAGAGAUGACGAAAAACAACAGCAACCUAUAGUUCUCGUGGGGAAAAAUCCCCUUGAGAGCCCAGACAAGUCGUCCUAUUGUUCUCAAUGGUUGUCAGACUGCGACAAA